GUUCCUGGCGGUGAGGACAAGGUUCCUGCCGGCAAGAACAAGAUUCCUGCCGGUGAGGACAAGGUUGUUGGCGGUGAGAACAAGGUUCCUGCCGUUGAGGACAAGGUUCCUGGCGGUUAGGCCAAGGUUCCUGGCGGUGAGGGCAAGGUUCCUGGCGGGAGGACAAGGUUCCUGCCGACGAGAACAAAGUCCUGCUGGCGAGAACAAGGUUCCUGCCGGUGAGGACAAGGUUGUUGGCGGUGAGGACAAGGUUCCUGGCGGUGAGAACAAGGUUGCUCGCGGUAAUGACAAGGUUCCUAGCGGUGAGGAAAAGGUUCCUGGCGGUGAGGACAAGGUUCCUGCCGGUCAGGACAAGGUUCCUGGCGGUGAAAACAAGGUUCCUGGCGGUGAGGACAAGGUUCCUGCCGGCAAGAACAAGAUUCCUGCCGGUGAGGACAAGGUUGUUGGCGGUGAGAACAAGGUUCCUGCCGUUGAGGACAAGGUUCCUGGCGGUUAGGCCAAGGUUCCUGGCGGUGAGGGCAAGGUUCCUGGCGGGAGGACAAGGUUCCUGCCGACGAGAACAAAGUCCUGCUGGCGAGAACAAGGUUCCUGCCGGUGAGGACAAGGUUGUUGGCGGUGAGGACAAGGUUCCUGGCGGUGAGAACAAGGUUGCUCGCGGUAAUGACAAGGUUCCUAGCGGUGAGGAAAAGGUUCCUGGCGGUGAGGACAAGGUUCCUGCGGUGAGGACAAGGUUCCUGGCGGUGAGGACAAGGUUCCUGGCGGUGAGGACAAGGUUCCUGGCGGUGAGGACAAGGUGCCUGGUGGUGAGGACAAGGUCCCUGGCGGUGAGGACAAGGUGCCUGGUGGUGAGGACAAGGUCCCUGGCGGUGAGGACAAGGUUCCUGACGGUGAGGACAAGGUUCCUGACGGUGAGGACAAGGUUCCUGACGGUGAGGACAAGGUUCCUGACGGUGAGGACCAGGUUCCUGGCGGUGAGGACUAGGUUCCUCACGGUGAGGACAAGGUUCCUGACGGUGAGCACCAGAUUCCUGGCGGUGAGGACCAGGUUCCUGGCGGUGAGGACAAGGUUCCUGACGGUGAGGAGAAAGUUCCUGACGGUGAGGACCAGGUUCCUGGCGGUGAGGACAAGGUUCCUGGCGGCGAGGACAACGUUCCUGGCGGCGAGGACAAGGUUCCUGACGGCGAGGACAAGGUUCCUGACGGCGAGGACAAGGUUCCUGACGGCGAGGACAAGGUUCCUGGCGGCGAGGACAAGGUUCCUGACAGUGAGGACAAGGUUCCUGACGGUGAGGACCAGAUUCCUGGCGGUGAGGACCAGGUUCCUGGCGGUGAGGACAAGGUUCCUGACGGUGAGGAGAAAGUUCCUGACGGUGAGGACCAGGUUCCUGGUGGUGAGGACAAGGUUCCUGACGGUGAGGACAAGGUUCCUGACGGUGAGGACAAGGUUCCUGACGGUGAGGACAAAGUUGCUGACGGUGAGGACAAGGUUGCUGACGGUGAGGACAAGGUUCCUGACGGUGAGGAGCAGGUUCCUGGCGGUGAGGACUAG